UCCGUGAGCCAGCUGCUGCAGGGGCGGGUAGCGGAUGUGAUCCGGUCCGGGUGUUCCGGCCGCCCGGUCCUCUCCACUGAACUCCAACCCCCGCGCUCUCUAUCAGCAUCUCAUUCCUGUCUCAAUAUGUCUCAAGAUGGCGGCCAAUGCAGGAUCGAUGUUUCAAUAUUGGAAGCGCUUUGACUUACAACAACUACAGAAAGAACUAGACGUCACCGCCACGCAGCUUGCCAACAGACAGGACGAGAGCGAACAGUCCAGGAAGAAACUCAUCGACCUGAGCCGCGAGUUCAAGAAGAACACUCCAGAGGAUUUACGGAAACAGGUUGCCCCUUUGCUUAAGAGCUUCCAAGGAGAGAUCGAUGCCUUGAGUAAGAGGAGUAAAGAAGCAGAGGCCGCCUUCUUGAACGUGUACAAAAAAAUAAUCGAUGUCCCAGAUCCUGUACCUGUGUUGGAGCUGGCUCAGCAGCUGCAGCUGAAGCUCCAGAGGAUGCACGACAUUGAGACAGAGAACACCAAACUUCGAGAGACACUGGAGGACUACAACAAAGAGUUUGCAGAGGUUAAAAACCAAGAGGUGACCAUUAAGGCCUUGAAGGAGAAGAUUCGCGAGUACGAGCAGUCUCUGAAGAAUCAAGCUGAGAACCUGGCCCAAGAGAAGCAGCUCCAGCUACACAACGACUAUGCAGAGAAGGAGAGGAAACUCCAGGAGAGCCAGGACUCCAUGUCCUCAAGGUUGGAGGAGGCCGAACAGAAAGCCCGGUCCCUACAGACAGCACUUGAAACAACUCAGGCCGAGCUCUUUGAUUUGAAGACAAAGUAUGACGAGGAAUCCACAGCAAAGGCCGAUGAGAUUGAGAUCUUGAUGACAGACCUGGAAAGAGCCAAUCAGCGAGCAGAAGCAGCUCAGAGAGAGGCAGAGUCACUCAGAGAGCAGCUGUCCUUGAGCAGCCAAUCCCAGCAGCUCAGCAGCCCGGCCAAGGCUGACCCAAACACGGAACAGUCGGAAGAGGUGGCGUCCCAUUCAAAUCUGGAGGCGGAGCUCAGGGCCAAAGAAAGGGAGACUGCCCAGCUGGUGGAAGAUGUGCAGAGACUGCAGGCCAGCCUGACCAAACUCCGAGAGACCACCAGCUCUCAGAUCUCACAGCUGGAACAGCAGCUUAACAGCAAAUCCGAAGUUCUGAAGGAACUGGAGGAGAAGCUGCAGAAGCAAGCUGACUAUGAGGAGGUGAAGAAGGAGUUGAGUAUCCUCAAGGCUAUGGAGUUUGGAGCAUCUGACUCUGUGCAGGACUCAUCCAAACCCCUGGAGGUGCUGUUACUGGAGAGGAACCGAAGUCUUCAAUCGGAGAGCGCCGCUUUGCGCAUCGCCAACACCGAGCUGAGCGGGUCAGCCGGGCGAAAAGGGACAGAAGAGUCCACAACGAAGGAGGAGACCGCGCCAAGCGACCCCUCUUCCUCACCCCCUCCUCCCCCUCCCUCUCUUCCGUCCUCCUCACAGCUCCCCCUGUCUCGCACUCACACGGACCCCCUCAACACUGCCACGACCACCAGCAGCAGCAGCAGCAGUGAAACGCUCCCUUUCGCUCCUACGGGCAUUGGACAGGACUUCUACUCCCCCGUCUUCCCUCUGGUGGGUGGUAAGAUGGCUUUGAACUCCUUGAUUCAGCGGCAGCUGCUCCAGACCUUCUACUCAAAAGCCUUGCAGGAGUCCUCUGGAAUCCCCAGUGGGGCUCUACUGUUCACCCCCUUCACGCCAACCCUCAGCUCCAUCCCUACCUCCACCCCUGGCUCAGGGUCUGCUGCCAUCCCUCUGGCAGCCAGCAGCCCCCAGCCACCUCCAGCCAGCCCUGACAUGGCUCCUGUUAACGGGAGCAGUACAGCUGGCAGCGCCCCCUCCCCAUCACCAAGCCACUCUGAUGCUAAUACAGGAAGUGUUUUGGACGGGGAGGACAUGGACACAGCGGAGAUUGCUCGGCAAGUGAAAGAGCAGCUGAUCAAGCACAACAUUGGUCAGCGUGUGUUUGGUCAUUAUGUGCUGGGACUGUCCCAGGGAUCAGUCAGCGAGAUCCUGGCCAGACCAAAGCCGUGGAACAAGCUAACCAUCAGGGGGAAGGAGCCGUUCCACAAGAUGAGGCAGUUCCUCGCCGAUGAGCAGAACAUCCUCGCUCUGCGCAGCAUCCAGGGACGGCAGAGAGAGGGCUCAGGCCAGCCCCAGCUUAGCCGAGUGUUUCAGGACGCUCCGAAGCGGAGAACCCUCUCCGAUACAGCUUCACACACAGGUAACAUCACCGCUCGUGUGCGCACCCCAGAGGCAGGUUCUGAUGAAGCUAUCAAGUCCAUACUGGAGCAGGCCAAAAGAGAGCUGCAGGUGCAGAAAGCUGACUUGUCUCAUGCUCAACCGUCCUAUGCAGGACUGAAAGGGGGAGGUGGAGGUGGAAUAGGAAGCGGAGGGGGGAGUGGAUCAGACGAAGCCAUCCGCUCCAUCUUAGAACAAGCUCGCAGGGAGAUGGAAGCCCAACAGGCCGCACUGGAGCCCAUCCUUAAAGCCUCAUCUUCCUCUUCGUCAUCAGCGUCACUAUCACAGAGGGACAUCCUGAGCUCAUCUCUUACCGCCCCGCUCCCCCCUUACAACCCCCUGGCCCUUUCCCUUAAGAAACCUCCCAGCUCCCUCUUGUCCUCGCCCUCAUCCCCGUCUCCAAUUCUGGACUUUAGCUCCAGCGUGAAGAGAGAGGGCCGCGGCUCUUCGGGGGUCGACAUGUCUGCUGACGGAGCUCUCAGGAUGGGUCGGAGCUCAGAGGGACUGUCCCGCUCCGGAAGUGCCGGAGGAGCAGGUUACUGGAGAGAGCAGUGGUGGAGCAACAUGCAGACGGAUCCACGAAGGACCAUGUCCAGCCAGACAGUAGAAGAGAACCACAACCAGGAGGACUCUAAAGAGGGUAUACUGACCGACAGUCUGUCUCGACACAAACCGUGGAACAAGUUGAACCAGAGGAGCAGAGAGGCGUACCUCCGUAUGCAGCCUUGGCUCAACGGAGACCAGGGGCAAAACGCACACAUCCAGCAGACUCAGAACCAAGAGGGUACUCCCAAGACAUCAGCAAGCUGCAGCCCCGCUCCAGAGUCCCCCCUUAGUUCAGCUGAAGAAUCUGUCAAUGGUCUCGCUGGGGACCCACUUGCGUCACAGUCCUCCAGUCUCAAACCUCCGUCUGAGGAUCCUUCAGGUGGGGAGUCUCAGCCGGGCACCCCGCUGCCUCUACCAGGUCACUCGGGUCUGAGCAUCCAGGAGAUGGUUGCAAUGUCUCCUGAGCUUGAUACCUAUGCCAUCACCAAGAAGGUUAAGGAGGUGCUAACCGAUAAUAACCUGGGUCAGCGUCUGUUUGGGGAGACUAUCCUGGGUCUGACUCAGGGUUCUGUCUCAGACCUGCUGGCCAGGCCUAAACCCUGGCACAAGCUGAGCCUGAAGGGCAGGGAGCCCUUUGUCCGCAUGCAGCUCUGGCUCCAGGACCCGCACAGCGUGGAGAAACUUAUGGACAUGAAACGCCUGGAGAAGAAAGCUUACAUGAAGAGGCGGCUGAGCUCCUUGAGUGAUGGCCAUUCUGUGGACGGAGGCUUGGUGGGGUCAGAGUACAUGCAGGGCUCCCAGAGCCCAGGGCAGCAGCAGCUGAAGAAGCCCAGGGUGGUGCUGGGCCCUGAGGAGAAGGAGGCUCUGAAAAAGGCUUAUCAGCAGAAGCCCUAUCCCUCCCCCAAAACCAUUGAGGAGCUGGCCUCCCAGCUCAACCUAAAGACCAGUACUGUUAUCAACUGGUUCCAUAACUACAGGUCACGUAUCCGGCGAGAGCUCUUCAUAGAGGAGAUCCAGGCAGCUGGAGGGGUAGGGCCUGGCAGCGAAGCGGGAUCGCCUUCCCUCCGUGGGUCCAAAUCAGGAGAAGGGGACAGCUGCGAUGGGACGGAAUCUGAGGGCACAGUGGAGACACGCCAAUCUCUGGGCAUUGGCCUGGAGGAUCACAGAGGAGCAUGCAAAGACCACGACAUGGAGGCUGAGUCUGAGGCAGGGGGCUCUAAUAAUUCCCCUGCCCAGUUAGACUGCACCGCCACAGGCUUGGCCGGGCCGGGCUCCAGUGGUGGGCAGGGUGGACUGGGGCUUUUCAGCCUCACAGAGGCAUCCUCCAGUAGCUCUGCCUCUAGUACUAACAUCCCAGCCUCUGGCCCUGCCAGGAACCCCAGGGACAACAAUCUGCGCAAGAAGAAAGCAGCCAAUCUCAAUAACAUCAUCCACAGGCUGGAGAAGGCUGCCAGCAAAGAGGAUCCCUCAGAGUGGGAGUUCUAGCUCCCCCCUGAUCAUCCUUCAUCCUUCUCGUCUCAUAACCUCACGACCUCUAACCUUGGACCCCUCCUGCUCUGUUCCAGUUGGAGAGUGGACACAGCCAAAGUCAAGCUCAGCAGCCAUUUUUAUUACAUAGAAGCUUUCCAAAAAGAGGAAAGAAAUAAAGAGUGGUUGGCAAAACCCUUAAAAAGAAGAUUUACUGAAUACGUAGAAGAACAAAAUAAGAGAACUUAAUUGUUUCUCCUGUUUUUUUUGUUUUUGUUUUUAAAAACUGCGUUUUGUUUUUGUACUGAGAAAAGCACUUAGCCGUCCUGCUGGCCUCUGGCCCUGCUGUACCUCCCCCUAUCACCAGCCACUGGUGCACCAGACUGGUUAGUCCUGAGCUGGGGUCUGACCCACAGCUGGGGUUGAAACCUGGACUCAGUAACACAGGCAAGGCCUGACACAGCAGCUGUCACAGUGAUAGACACUGAUAGAUGAUAGAUAGAGACAGGAACUCUCUUACAAGAACUCUCACUUUCUUAAAGGAGAUUUUUUUCCGCUCUUCUUCUCACCUCCCAAGUGUCCACAAACCUCCCCUCACUCAGUGAGAUGCCUCAUUUUUCACACUGUAGAGUGACUGUUACAAACCCUUUGCCUUUUUCACUCACUGCGUGUGUGUGCGUGUGUUUGUAUGUUAGGGGUUGUGUCAGUGUGCACCUGUGUGUGCGUGUGCGAGAGUGUGUACACACCCAGAAAAAAGAGAAAAAAAGAAAUGGUGUGUAUGUGUAUUCUCUUCUCAAUGGCAGCAUGUUUUCAUUUUUUUAAUCUCACUCCUACACUCUUAAGAGGGUAGUUGAAGGCCUGCUGGCUGAGCUGCCAUGGUUACUGGUGUAAGAACGAUGAACUUUGACCUGUUGUGUCCCAUAUCCUAUCCUGCUGACAGCCAUGUGAUGGCCAGAAGGAUGUGUAAUUCCUCACAAAAUACACACACUCAUCUGAAGAGGAAGGAAGGAAGGAAGGAACCCUCUUUUUGCCUCCUUAAACCCUUCUUUUUUAGGAUGAAGGAUGAUCUGUGUUUUUUCUUUGUUUUGUUUUGUUUUUAAAUAUUGCAAUUUGGUUGCCAAUAAGAGAUUGCACAGUCUAUUGACUCUAAAGAGUACAAAAAUAGGGAAUUUUAGGAAGCAUUUUUAAUUAGUACAAAAUAAGAACAGAAAAGACAAGAGUAACAAGUUACUGUUUAAAAAAAAAAGAAGAAACAAACAAACAACAACCUUAGAAUGGAAUAAUGUUGCAUUAUUGACAUACAAUACAAUGAAUUCACGUAGUACUGUAGCUGUCUGACAUGGUGAUACUAUACGUGUCUCUCGUUGUUUUCGGUUGUGCAUGUCACAACUUUGCCCAGCACUGGACCUGCUGGGUGGGUGUGUUUGUGUGUGUGUGUGUGUGUGUGUGUGUGCGUGUGUGUGUGCGCGUGUGUGUCCGCACCACCGACAAAAUUUUCUCUGUUCACAAACACACAUCUUUUUAUAGGCCAAAUCAGGAAGAGUGUGUGUAUGUGUGUGUCUGUGUGCAUUUGUUAUUUGCCUGCAUGUAAGUCGGGGUUGAGGUCAGUUCACUCAGAAUUGGACCGAUCUAUCUAUCGAUCGAUCGAUCGAUUUGUCAAUAAUGAAAUUCUUGACUGAAAAUGGGUAAUUAUUAUUUUUUUUUUUUUUAAGCAAAUGAAUUGCAGCGUGCAGAAACUUCUGCUGGUGAAUUUGCCCCAACCCUGGUGUGAGUAGUUACCACUCUCCUCCAGUCUCUCCUGUAUCCAGGGAUGUAAGUCUUUUUUGCAUUGAAUUCUACUGUAUACACUACAAAUUAUAAGGCAUAUCACCUCCUCCCUGUCCCACACAAGCCCUCAGUGCCUGUCAGCCCACUGCCUCCCCUUUGUUUGUGUGUGUGCGUGAAAGUUUGCGUGGAUGCAUGUGCACGCAUGCCCGUCAAUACAUGCGUGUGCACAAAGCGUGCGUGAGUGUUCAGUGUUUCCAAUGAGUGGGGUCAUAUUUCGUAUCUUGCACACACUACUAGUGCACAACUGACACCCUUCUUUAAGCUGUUUGAUGCGUUACCAUUACAUUAAUCUUCUCACAAAGUAGUGUAAUACUAUGAUUUACUGUAGCUUGGUUUUAUUGCUAUUUUGCAUUUAUAGUUUGGUUUUUAUUCCGCUUAUUUAUAGGUGCUGUAUUUUUCAUUUAAUGUCUUAUCAUUUGAGUUGUCUAUUUUUUAAGGGAUUAUACUGUUCCUGAGGGCAAGUAACAUUUUUAUUAGACGUAUAGACUGCCGGCAGUAUUGGUUAAUAUUUACAAAGAUGUACUAGUUCUCAUUUGUUUGUAUAUUCAUGAAUCCUAAAGUUUAGUGUCAUUUCAAUAGCUUUUGAAAGAUGUGUUUUGCUACAGUUCAUGCUCCCGUAAGCAUAAAAAGCUCUUACCACAACUGUUAUGCUCACACACACACACACAAAAAGAAACUGCUAGCUAGAGAAUCAAAGGACAUAUCAAGAUCAGUGAAUAUAUGAUAGCAUAUCUGUUUUCCUGUUUUCUAUCCUCCAAUAAUGUUUUUCUUUUUUUUCUUUUCCUGGGCAAGCCCAACACUACCGCUCGGCAGGGCACGCAGCUUUCUUUAGAUGUAGACUUUGCCCACUCAUUAAUCACAUUAACUUAAUUAACUGGUCCAAAUUAUACACUUUGUCAAAUAGGUCAAGUGAAAUUACCUAAACAUACGAACGCGUGUUAACUUGAAAGAGGUCAUAUCUGCCAAAUUGAGAUUAGAGAAGUGUACCAGCUAGCAGGUGUGCUACGCCAGAUCGAGCAGAGAUAGCCAGCCUAUGAUUAUGCAGAAUUUCUAUUGCAGUUAGUAACGAAGCACUUAUUAGGAUCUUUGUAAGACUUACCUAGGACAGGGUCUGUAAACACUACAACAAGAGUACGAUCCCGGGAUCCUGGGAAGUGUAUGCCUUUAAAAAAAAAAAAAAAAAAAAGUGGUUGUAAACCAAGCACAGAUGCUUAUCCACAUCGCAACACUAAAAACAACAAAAAAAAAAGAAUCAUAAGAUAGCUGUACCCAUGUUUUCUAUGUGAUUAAACUGAGUUUCUGUCCAGCCAACCCUUAUUUCAAACUACAGAUGACUGUGUGACAGGCGGGCCGUCGUCCUGUGCAGGUGUAGAUAUCAUGAGUAACAAACGUGUCGGUUUCUUUUCAGAAAUCCCAACUUUUUUAUAGCCUCUCCCUUUCCCCUCAGCGUACAUACGAGAAAAGGCGGCAGCCUGUCAAAAGUUUAAAUCGGACUUUCUAAUGCGUCUGUUAGUUGUUAAAAAAUAAUCGCCCAAACGUCGGCUCUCCCUGCCGUCGACUGAUGUGAGACAUCUGUCCUCUGCUGCGCGCUGAAUAGUGAUACUGCCUUCUGUUGGGACCGCUUGGACUGGACAGCCACAGUGUGUUUGUUUUAUGGUGAUGAAUAGCUACUGUAAAGUAUGAGCACUUAACCCAUCAGUAAUUUUUAUUUUUUUUUGGUAAUAGCCUGAUCCAUCCGCUCACCCGAACCGUGUGAGAUCAUCAGAUUUGUGCCUUUAACUGCCAAGCAGGGCACCAAACUAGUGAUGUCAUUAGAUGUAGAGGAUUCCACCCGAUUCGUUCGUGAUGCAUCUCGCGUCCUGACCUGAAAUUUGUUUCUCACGGUACUUUAAACUCGACUUCCCUCAGCUCUCCGGAGAGGGUUGUAUAUAAUUGCUGGGAGUGCAGUGAAACAGGAGAAAACAAACUAAUUUUUUUUGUUUUUUUGUUUGUUUGUUUGUUAUUUUUUUUCCCCACAAUGCAUUACUUAUGUUGUACAUAAACUGACUAGCAGCGAAAAAGGCCAGAGCAUUGAAUGAAGGAGGAAGCAUGCAGAAACGGCAUACACUGUAAUAACACUGAAUUUAUUCAUAGGGCAUUUUUUGUAUUUUUCUGUUUGUGUCAGGUUUGCUGUGACAUUGAUAAACGGCACUACAGGUAUUGAUAAUGACGCGUGCCAAUUCUGAUGGUUAUUUGGAGAAAAAAAAAAGAGAGAGACGUGUAAAUACGGUCGAUGGAGUAGCUAUUGAUUCACUAUUGUCACGGUAUGCUUUUGUUUUGAAGGCAGGAGGAGAGAAGGGACGAUUCAGGACUUUUCCAUGAUCCACAGAUAUUUUUCUACAAAUUUAAAUCAGAUGAUUCUAUACACUGUUGAAUAACAUUGUAAAGGUGUAACAGAUGCUGUAUAUCAUAUCAUGUUUUCUGAAGUCGUAAAGCUUUACUGUAUGAUCUGUUGAAGUAGUGGUUGUUCAUUUGACAUGUUUUUAGUUGUAAUGGAAGCCCGAACAGCAGCACUGGUCACCAUAUUCAGGAGAAAAAAAGAAGAAAAAAAAUAAGAGAGAGAGAGAGACCUCAGAUGUUUUUUGUAAUACUUUUAAAAUAUAUCUUAUGAAGUGGGUUUUUGUAAGGAAACACUUUCUGAAUCAGCGGUGCUGUAUGCAUAGCACACUCAGUAAUACAUACACACAUAAUACAGCACAAUACACUCAUGUUUUAAACCCUCCCUCCCUCCCUUACCCCUCUUUUAACUUUACUCACAUGGCUUUUGUUAUUGAUUUAAGUCUUAAAACCAUUUCCCCGUCGUCUUUCACGCUUAAGCGCAAACGUUUUUUUAACACCUCGGAGAUCGGCUCCGGGAUACAAAACAUUUCGUUCAGUACAAGACUUAAGAUUUAAACAAAAAAAGAAAAGAAAAAAAAAAAAGAGGAAGCAAAAAGCCAAAUAGUGACGUUAGUUAUCCUCUUCUGUUGGAAAAAGGUCGCUGACUUUUAAAAAAUUUUUAUUUUUUACCCCUGUACAUUGCUAGUGUCGUCGCUUCAGUUCACCCAUAGCUUAAACCACAGUGUAGUCUGACAACCAAAAUGACCUGGGG